UUCCGUUUAUUCGGAGCGGGGUGGCGCAGGCGGCGGCCGGCAGUUGCCGAGUGACCGCCGCCGCGCUCCUUGCCUCGCAAAAAAUAAAAAACACCUCAAUUAACUAAACAGUUAUCAAUCAAAAUGGCGUACUCCUGGGACAACAGGGUUGCCUUCGUCGUGCGGUACCUGUACGACAUCGACAACAAUGGGUACCUAGACUCCCACGACUUCCAGUGCCUGGCGCUGCGGUCGUGCGUGCUGGAAGGAAAAGGUGACUGCAGCGCCGCACGCCUGCAGAAGUACCAGCACAUCAUGCUGAGUCUGUGGGAAGAGAUCACGCAGCUCGCGGACUUCGACAAGGUUCCGGACUAUGAUGGGAUGAUCACAGUAGAGGAAUUCAAACAGGCUGUCAAAAACAGCUGUGUGGGGAGGAAAUACGAAGAGUUCCCGCAAGCUAUGAAGGCGUUCAUCGAAUCUAACUUCAGGAUGAUCGAUAUAAACUCCGAUGGAGUGAUCGGCGUCGAGGAGUACAGAUACGACUGCGUCCAGAGGAUGGUUCUUGAGGACAUCAAAGUCAUAGACGACGCGUUUGACACACUACUAAAUGAUGACGACAGGAGGAAGGGUGGUCUGACGCUGUCGAGGUACCAGGAGCUUUUCGCGCAGUUCCUGGGCGACAACAGCGACAACUCUCCCGCGAAACACCUCUUCGGCCCGUUAGAACUUUAACUCACCCUAACUCUAAGCUUUUGACUGACACACCUAUUUUUUAUAAACAAUUUGGCGUCAAAUAAUUCGGGAAGGAUGGUCAGAUCCGGUAAGCGGGGAUAAUAUCAAAUAUUGUUGAAAAGCGUCAUCACUCGUCUUACAAAAUCGUCGAACUAUCAACUUUUUGCGAAAACUUCAUCAUUCGUCGUCGUCUCACAAGAUUGAACUGCUUAACGGAUCGACAUUGACCAUCAGACGAUCUGAAAACAUGUUAAUGACUUCCCGCAAGGCCGGGAUCACAACACCCUCCCACAUCGGCCUACAUCACAGAAUGUACGACACAUUCUAAAUUUACAAUAACUUUACGCCACCUCGGAAAAUGACGCCAAAAAUACAACACCGCAUCGAUACGAAACAAAAAUAAAACAAUCUCAAAGAUGCGUUCCGUUUCGUAAUUCGUUUUUACAAAACUAUUUUUAAGUACAAUUGCUAGAGGUUAUUAUACGGAAAUAGUAUUCUUAUUAAUUCUUAUAGUCUUUAUGUUAUUAUAAUCGAUUUGUUAUUGUAUUGUUAUUUACUGAAUGUUAAUUAUAUUAUUAUUUUUAAGAGUUCAAUUAUUGUGAUGUAUUUUUGUGUUUUUCGCGACUUUUGGAAUGUUGAUUCCCCCUUAUCGUUUUUUAUUACAAGUGGUAUCAUUAUAAUUAUCUCAAUUUAUAAACGAACGAACUAAACCAGUAGGUUUUCGACGAGCUAGUUUUAUUUAUUUAACACAAAGGCAGUAACUUAUAACCUGUGGACUCUAUGGGGAAUGUACGGGCAAUGUUGAUGGUUGUGCUCAGACAUACAAAAUGAAUCUAGUCACCGCGUUAAUUAAUAUUCACGUUAAUUUGUAAAUAUAUUUGUUGACGAAAUAUCAAAUUCGUUUUAAUAAAAACUUUAAAAGACCA